GUGUACCCGGACGCGCCCGGCACUCGUAACAGACAGGAUGAACUGGGCGACAUUCUACGCGGUGAUUAGCGGUGGGAAUCGUUACUCCACGGCCGUCGGGCGUGUCUGGCUGUCGGUGCUCUUCGUGUUCCGCGUGCUGGUGUUGGCGGUGGCGGCGGAGAGCGUGUGGAGCGACGAGCGCGAGCAGUUCACGUGUAACACGCAGCAGCCGGGCUGUAACAGCGUCUGCUACGACCACUUCUUCCCCAUCUCACACACCCGCCUGUGGGCGCUGCAGCUCAUCCUGGUGUCCAGCGCCGCCCUGCUGGUGCACAUGCACGUCAGCCAUCGCCGUCACAUCCAGAAGAAGCUGUGGCGGCGUCACGGUGCCAGCCCUGGGGACCUAGAUCGCGCGGGGAUCCAGGAGAUCAGCGGCUCCCUCUGGUGGACGUACGUCAUCAGCCUGCUGGUGCGUGUGGCCUUCGAGUCGGCGUUUCUCUACCUCUUCUACGCCAUCUACCCCGGCUACAGAAUGUUCCGCCUGGUCAAGUGCGACGCGUAUCCCUGUCCCAACACCGUUGACUGCUUCGUCUCACGACCCACCGAGAAAACCGUCGUCACCGUCUUCAUGCUGAUCGUCUCGGGCAUCUGCGUCCUGCUCAACGUGGCCGAGGUCGUGCUGCUCGUCACACAGGCGGCGAGUAAACACCUGAACCACGGCGACACGCCGCACAGCGGAGCCUGGAUCAGCCGCAAGCUCUUCGCUUACUAGAGACACUGAACGUCCAGAUACUUACGGCUUCCUUCACUGUGCGACAUCUCACACAGCACUCACACCGCCGGCACCGCUGCACCGCUUCAGUAAAAGUUCUAACGAUUAGCGGAGCUGCCGUCGCCUCAGAGCUAACGACCAACACACCCUCAGCACUUUUUAUUCACAUGAGACAGGAAGUGAUUUGGUGACGAGAACCAAUAAGAGCGAAGGAAAGAGAGACAAAAUUCUUUUUUAAAUUCACAUCCCCUAAUUGCAAUUCUGUCUGUUACCCUGUUACCCCCACAACACCCCCACAGCUGAGCACUUCUUUUCAUCUCGCACAGGAUCGGGUACAGAGUCGGGUACGGAGUGUGCUCUGGGAGCGUGUGCUGGCGCCUCAGACGGUCAGCAGGGGUCAGCAGGGGUCGCACUUACACCAGCCACGAGGAGCCAGGGCAGGUUUUAGCCAUCGUGUCUGUGGGGGCGCCCGGCCGGACACCAGUAUGACGUUAAAUCAUUUAAAAUCUUAUAAAAUCACAUGACAAAGAUUUAAACUUGCACAAAUGUAAAACUGCAGCAGGUCCAGAUGAUUCUAAAUCUGUACAUUAAUAAUCAAUCAACAUUUAAUAAAUAAACAUUUACUGCUA